GUCAGGGCCGCUGCAGAGGGUCCCGGGCGCGCGAUCACCUAACUGCUGCCCCGGGUUUCUCUUGGUUGGAGUUGGCCCCUCCCAGACCCCCGAUCUAGGUUACCAGCUGGGAAGGGCUGCGGUGAGGGUCGCUGGACUUGGUGAGGGGAGGGCUGACGGCUCCCGAGGUGGCUGAAGAGUGAACUGUUUCGGGCCUGCGCCUCUCACUUCCACUCAAUUGUUAUUCCAUCCCCGGCUGGUCGAGCUUCCCUCCCUCGGGCCGCCAGGCCGUCCCUCCCCUCGGCCUCCACCCCCUCCCGCUAAACCCUGCCGCUGGAAGCCGGCUUCACUCCUGCACGCUGACUUCCCUCCGGGCUGCUGGCUCCCCGUGGCUCCUGGUUCACCCCUCUAGACCCCCCCACCUCCUCACCCACGCCAGUGGAUCCGGAGGUUCACCUCCCUCACGCCGCCCAGGAGUCGCCUUUGCCCAGUGCGCCCGGGACUUGGAGAAACUUUGCAGGCUCGGUGGUGAAAUGGAUUUAAUCCGAGGCGUCUUGCUCCGGCUCUUGCUGCUGGCUUCCAGCCUCCGUCCGGGUGCAGCGCCGUUCCCAGCCGCUCUCCGAAUGCCAGGCAAGUUGGUGCCUCCACUUGACAUAAAGCUGGGCGCAUUGAACUGUACAGCUUUCAGCAUCAAGUGGAAAAUGCCACGGUCUCCUGGAAGCCCAAUAAUGGGCUACACGGUCUUUUACUCUGAGGUCGGUGCAGAUAAGUCCCUGUGGGAGCAGUCACACAGUGUGCCACUCAGCUGGGACACCCCAAGCACUGGACCAUCUGGCCAUCAGGCAAUUUUUGAGGAAGUGAUUGGAGAUUUGAAGCCGGGCACUGAAUAUCGAGUGAGCAUAGCAGCUUACAGCCAGACUGCCAAAGGGAGGCUUAGUUCUCCUCGGCACAUUACCAUUUUGUCCCAAGAUCCCUGCCUGCCUCCAGCAGCACCCCAGCGACCUCAUGUCCUUGUGGUUUCUGACUCCGGGGUGGCCCUCUCUUGGAAACCUGGAGAGAGUGAAGGAAGCUCCCCCAUUCGGUACUAUUCUGUGGAAUUCAUCAGGCCAGAUUUUGAGAAGAAUUGGACCUUAAUCCAAGAGCAUUUCCAGAUGGACACCAUCAUCAUCAAGGGCCUUGUUCCAGAUACCAACUACCAGUUUGCUGUGAGGGCUGUGAACCCCCAUGGCCCCAGUCCACGAAGCCAGCCCAGUGACACUGUCCGAACCCUGAGGCCCGAGGAAGCAGAAAGUGGCCGAUACGGACAUUAUGUCACCAACAUGGGAAUCACUAUGGAUGAUGGGUUUGAAGACAACCUUGAUCUGAACAUUUCCUUUGAGGAGGUUAAACCCCUUCCCCCUACCAAAGGAGGACAUAAAAAAUUCUUGGUGGAAAGCAAGAUGCCAUCUCUGUCUAACCGGAAGACUAUUUCCAGGCUGGCACCCCCUACCCUGGCACUUCUGUCCAGGACCACAGCAGCUCUGCAGCCCACUCCAGCACGGCAGAAGGGGAAGAGUGGCAUGGCCACCAUGUCGAGGCUCUUCGACAUGUCUUGUGAUGAGACCCUGUGCUCUGCUGACAGCUUCUGCGUCAAUGACUACACCUUGGGGGGCUCACGAUGCCACUGCAACCUGGGCAAAGGUGGUGAGAGCUGCUCAGAAGAUAUUGUUAUUCAAUAUCCCCAGUUCUUUGGCCACUCCUAUGUCACUUUUGAGCCCCUGAAGAAUUCCUAUCAAUCAUUUCAAAUUACUCUGGAAUUUAGGGCAGAGGCAGAGGAUGGCUUGCUGCUCUACUGUGGGGAGAAUGAGCAUGGCAGGGGUGAUUUCAUGUCCCUGGCUGUCAUACAGCGCUCACUCCAGUUCAGGUUUAAUUGUGGGACUGGGGUUGCCAUCAUCUUGAGUGGGAUGAAAAUCAAACUGGGGGCGUGGCACACAGUCGUGCUGCACAGAGACGGGGUGAAUGGGCUGCUGCAGCUGGACAGUGACACCCCAGUGACAGGCCAGUCCCAGGGCCAGUACAGUAAAAUCACCUUCCGGACUCCUCUCUAUCUUGGUGGGGCUCCCAGCACUUACUGGUUGGUCAAAGCCACGGGGACAAACAGAAACUUUCACGGCUGUGUGCAGUCACUUGCUGUUAAUGGAAAGAAGAUUGACAUGAGGCCGUGGCCCCUGGGAAAAGCUCUCAGUGGGGCUGAUGUGGGGGAAUGCAGCAGUGGGAUCUGUGAUGAGGCCUCGUGUGUCAAUGGAGGUACCUGUACUGCAGUCAAAGCUGACUCCUACAUCUGCCUCUGUCCUCUUGGGUUCAAAGGUCGACACUGUGAAAAUGCUUUCAUCUUGACCAUCCCUCAGUUCAGAGAGUCUCUGAGAUCCUAUGCUGCCAUGCCCUGGCCCCUGGAGCCCCAGCAUUACCUUUCCUUCACAGAGUUUGAGAUCACAUUUCGACCAGACUCUGGGGAUGGGGUCCUCCUGUACAGCUAUGACACAGGCAGCAAAGACUUCCUGUCCAUCAACAUGGCAGGGGGCCAUGUGGAGUUCCGCUUUGACUGUGGCUCUGGAACCGGUAUCCUGAGGAGUGAAGAUCCUCUCACCCUUGGCCAAUGGCAUGAGCUGCAUGUAUCUCGCACAGCAAAGAAUGGUAUCUUACAGGUGGAUAAGCAGAAGGUAGUAGACGGAAUGGCAGAGGGAGGCUUCACCCAGAUUAAGUGCAACACACACAUUUUUAUUGGCGGAGUCCCCAGCUAUGAUGACGUGAAGAAGAACUCAGGGAUCCUCAAGCCAUUUAGUGGGAGCAUCCAGAAGAUCGUGCUGAAUGACCGCCCCGUCCAUAUGAAGCAUGAUUUCACAUCUGGUGUGAACGUGGAGAAUGCUGCCCACCCCUGUGUGGGGGUUCCCUGUGCCCACGGGGGCAGCUGCCAGCCCAGGAAGGAAGGUUAUGAGUGUGACUGCCCCUUGGGCUUCGAGGGCCUGCACUGCCAGAAAGCCGUCACAGAAGCCAUUGAGAUCCCACAGUUUAUGGGCCGCAGUUAUCUGACAUAUGACAAUCCAGAUAUCCUCAAGAGAGUGUCAGGAUCAAGAUCAAAUGCAUUCAUGAGGUUUAAGACAACUGCCAAGGAUGGUCUGUUGAUGUGGAGGGGAGAUAGCCCCUUGAGAUCCAACAGUGACUUCAUUUCCCUGGGCCUUCGGGAUGGAGCCCUGGUGUUCAGCAUCCAUCUGGGUAGCAAACCCUCGCCUGCAGGAUAAAUCUGUCCCACUACUCAUUUUUGUAAAUAAAGUUUUAUUGCAACACUGCCAUACUUAUUUAUUUAUAUAUUGUCUAUGAGCAUGUUCAUGCAAUGAUGGCACUUGAAUAUUCCAAAAGGAACUCUAUGGCAGAGCCUAAACUGCUUCCUGUGUGGCCCUUUACAGAACAAUUCUGUGUCCCCUGUUCUGGUGGAUUACUGCUGUAUGCUCCCUGUUUACAAAUCAGGAAGAAGAUAAAAGAGAGUUUUGGUGCUGCCAAGCAUGAAAGCUGAGCAAGAAAGUGAGUACUCAGCUCAGCACUCACCAGCUCAGGAAAAUCUGAAGAUCCAAAGCCCAAGAGGCCUGGCUUUAAAUCCCAUUCUGCUUCCCAUUUAGCUAUGUAAUCUUGGGAAGAAUGCCACCAUCCAGUCUCCUGCUGCAAAAAGAUGAAAGCACAGAUUCAUAUCUCAGUAGAUCAACUCAACAUGGGGCUCCUUGCAAAUCUUCUUUGGUGAUAGUAAGGCAAUCAAAAAAGUUCUUCUCUCUUUGAAGUGAAUUUAGAUUGCUCCCAAAUUUGUCAAAUGGGCAGCUAUGCAAUAGUUAAGGAACAAUUACCUGGACAAUUUUUCCCCACCCUUCUCCGUACUAGAGUAGAUGAGAGCCAGGUUUCCAAGGAGCAGUGACUAUUUGGUGUCCUAUGAAAAGGUUUUUUUAGAGACCGUAGUACACAUUCUCACUGGAGAUUCGAAAUCACCAAUUUAGAAGGGUGGUUCUCAAAGCUGUGCUGUGACCAUUUCCCCAGGUGAUUCUGAUGCCUACAAAGGCAGGAGGACCCCGGAGCUUUGUCCCACUGACAGGCAUUUCUUGGGCUUUUACUCCUUUAGUCCUCCCCAGUGGUAAUGAGCCCAUGCUCACUAAAUGACAUGAAAUUACUUGGAAUUGGAUUAGACAAAGGAGAGAGAAGUGAGCUGCAGAAAUGAUGAAGACUUAAUUCUGAGGCUUUUGUUGUCGUGCUCUGGGAUUACUGACAGCCAGAAGAGGAUAACCCAAAUCUUUUCAAUUUGAAGAAAAGGCACUUUGAGAGGAAAUGUCACUUGUCCAACAUUGUGCCUGCCUCCAAAUAGCAGAGUAUGCUAAGUGAUUGAGUUAGUCCUGGGAUUGUGGGGGACUUUGGGGAGCUAUGUAGUGAGACUGGCAAGUGAGGGGCAGCUAUUCAUCAACUCCACCCUCUCCCCAACCUGUGUCCCCUGCCCUUUGUUGGCCAAGAGGUUAGAAGAUUUGGAGGUCUUCAUGCGAGGUUUCAAGCUGGCUGCCUCAAAGCCAUUUUCUUGUGGUUUUCCUGUGGUUAACCUCACCAAGGCCUCAAGUACUUUACUGUGCCCAGAAAAGGGAACUGAAACAGUAGCUAAGCAGUGAGUGGGAUGGCCCAACUUCCCCCCUAAAUUGCCAGCCAAAACCUGUUCUUCAGCCAGACUAGGAAACGAGAAGCUCAAGUUGAGGCUCCUACUGGUCCAGGAGAAGAAACGCCCCCUCCCCUCUGCCCUAUGCCCUUCCUACGGUUCCACACCAUCCUGGACAGAGUUCUCAGCUUACUGUUUCUUUCUGAAAUGCUGAAAAUUGUCCCUGUGCUUUCUUCUAAUCCUGGAGUUCUGGAUGUGCUCUGUGUAAGACACACUGCUGAGCCCUGGCUGAGAUAGAGGUCUGUGCUCAGGCCUGGUCUGGAGCCACACCUUUGCUGUCCCCACUAAAUUGCCUUCCCCUGUGCAGUCACUGCACCCCACCCUCCACCAGUUACAGCCCUUGGGAGUGCUGGCUGGGCUGAGGACAGGGAGGAAGUAGAAUACAGCCUUGCAGCAAGGCACUGGGGCACGGGGCACUCGUCUCGGAGGUAGAUUCCCGAGCCUGUCCUCUCAAGUCUGAUGGGGUAGGUGAACAAGAAAAAGGAAGUCAAAGUGCUCAGCUAAAAUGAGUGUGGUUUUCUGUUUUAUUUCAUUUUGUCUUGCAAUUAUAUGUGGAGCAUAAAAUCUUCUGGGCAGGUUUCUGAACAUCACUUGACUGACACUCUUUCCCAUUAAUUUUGACCUUACAACAUUUUUCAGGCAAUAGACAAAGGGAAGAGAUCUGACACUAGUAAAGUGCCCUGAGUCACGGUUUAAAGAGGCCACGAUUAAAAGUGUCACCACGUGAAGGUGCGAGAGUGGCCUCGUCUGAUGGCGUUUCCUGGAGCUCCACCUUGGUUCUCAGCCUUGCAGCCUUUAGUUGAGUGGCUCGGGAUAACCCCUUCAUAGCAGCCAGAGUCACAAGGGAUUAGGAGAAAAAUCAGACAAACACUCAUUUAUUUGGUUUUGCAUUUUGAUAUUGAGGCAUAAUGCAAGUGUGGUACACUUAUGUACAGUGUACAGCUUGACAAAUUUUAAAACAGGUAAACAUUGUAUCCUGUAGAUAUAUCAACAAGAUAUGGGACAUUUCUACCACCAGACAUCUCUGCCUUCCCUUUUCCAGGGAAAAUAACCAUAGUUUUGGGCCAUUUACUAAUUUAUAGAAGAGAGAGCUCCUCCAGGUGAGUAUGUGUCUGGGGAAGCAGGUAGUUACUUGAAAGGUCUGAAAUCACAAAAGCUGGGGGUUGGAAAGUCAGCCUCCAGAGAAGCCAACUGAGUUGCCGCACCCAUGGCAAAGGCUGGAUCGCUCACUGCCAGAUUGUGUGUUGAGUCCCUUGAGCACAUCCUGUCCUCCUGCCAGAAGAACAAGAGAGCUGUCGUGCUGGAGAAAGAGGGGGCCUACCCCCAGUCCAGGUGGGAUCUCAUUCAACGGAAGGGGUUUCUGGUGCCUGCACAGAUGCAUGUUCCAGUCCACCUCCCUGCAGUUAUGCCCAGUUACCUUGGUUCUGAGAACGGCUGUUCCUGGCCAUUUUGGUUACAUAUUUACAGCCCGUGGGUCCGUUCUCACACAUGGCUACUCUCCCAGAAGAGACCAGAUGAAUUUAACUCUUGGUGGCAACUUUCUCCUUCCAUCCAGUUCUUCCAGGUGCACUGUCAAGCCCUGCACAGCUGCAGUAAGUGCUGCAGGUGGCAUUAUUUGUUUUGCCUUUACUACAUGCCAUGCUUCCAACAUGUUACCAUAGUCCCUGUGAUCUUUCUGGGAAAGUGUUCUUAUCUGCAUUUGACACACAAGGACAUUUAGCCUCAGAGAUGGGAAGAAACUUGCCCAAGAUCACAGAGCCAGUCAAUUGACAAGACUGGGGUUGCAGGCCGGUCAGCAGGACCCAGGUGUCCGUGCUGUGGCACCCCAUGCUGUCUCAGAAAAGCCACAAAGGAAUUCAGCUAAAUUUCUGUCAACCAGCUCCUAGCUCCUAGCUUAGUAGUCAUUGAUUUCUUCAACAAGCAAUUGGCCUGCGCAUAAUGAAAUCUGAAAAUUCUGCCUCCAGGCUGCAUAUACAAGGUGACACUUAAUAUGGGAAAAUUCAUUAGAACACUGGAUUUUUCAGGGUCAGAGUGGCAGCUUUGUCCCAUGGUUUGUUGUGGAAUCAUCACGAGUUCUAUUCUUGGUUAAAAGUCAAUGGGCUGUGUUACUUCCCUGAGCCUCUGUUGUUAAAGGAGUAGCCUGUGAGUCUUUCUCUGGGGAAAGCUGACCACUUUCUGUUUUCACUCUGUUCUCAGAGUGAACGUGCAUGAGAGCUGUGUAAUAAAUCCGAGUUUUCUUUCACCCGACCUAUUUCUUGGGUACUGAGGUAAAGGAGACGCACUUCCCCUUACAAGAUGAGGGGACAGUUAUCCUGGGUGGACAUUUUCCCUUCCAAAGUGUGAUUGCAUAGGCCUUUGCUAUGUCAUCAAGGGAAGGUCCAGGCAGUUGGUCCAGUGCCCAGGCUGGAGUACUCACUAAAUAUUUCUUAAUUGGAUUAAGUUGGAAUAAUUGAAUGACCCCUGAAUUAAGAGGGCUAUUUCUCUCUGGUAAACAACAUGGUCAUGUCUUCUGAUACCUUUAGGGAAGCUGAAUCAGAGUAACAUUGGUGCACCAAGUUGGCCUUCUGUACAUUGGUUUUGUGAGUUUAGAUACCUUUCUUUAAUCUCUUUGGGGCUCAGCCUACUCUGCAAUGUUCUAGGUUUUUUUUUGUUUUUUUUUUUGUAAGUGAAAACACAUGUUUUAAUUUCCUAGGUCUGACAUAACAGAUUACCACAAAUUGUGCGGCUUCAAACAAUAAAAGUUCACUCUCUUACAGUUCUGGAGACUAGAAAUCCAAAAUGCAACAUAUUGCCCAGAUUGGUUCCUUCUGGAUGGUCUGAGAGAAAAUCUGUUCUAUGCCUCUCUCCAAGGUUCUGGUGGUCACUAGUAAUCCUUAGUGUUACUUACUUUCUAGAUAUCUCAUUUCACCCCCUGCCUUUAGCAUCAUGUGGCAUUCUCCCCCGUGUGUCUGUCUCUGUAUCCAGAUCUCCUCUUAUGAGAAUGCUAGUCAUAGGGCUGGGGAUUUAGCUCAGUGGUUCUGGCACCUGCCUCACAAGUACAGGGUCCUGAGUUCAAGCCUUGUACAAAAAAAAAAAAA